CAAUUUUUCGAUAGUCAAAAAUUGUAAAACGAUGCUUUUACCGUGCAGUUUGAUUAGUGUUUAUGUUUAGCAAUAGUAAAACUAAUUAACCCACAAUUUUAUUAAUACAUUACUCCAUUAGUUAUUAAGAAUAAGGACUCUACUUACUUUUACUUUAACCCGGCGUGGCUUGCCGAAAACCGUGAAUAUUAAGUUCCGAAUAAUCUUUCUAACAUUGUUUUGUUAUAACAAUGAGUGCUACAGAAGACGGCAGCAGUAAUAUUGAAGACGAGAAUACGACGAAUCAUGAAGAUGAGAACCAGGAUACUGAAGAUACUGGUAAUAUACUAGUUUUCGGCAGUAAAAAGACACAAAAUACCUCUGGGUCUCCUAAUAUGUCCACAGAAGGUAAAAAUAAAGACUCUGGUGAUGCUACGACAGCCAAUUCAAAUAUAAAAUUUAAGAAAUCUGAUAAAAUGAAGUCUAAAGAGUUGUUUUAUUCUGAUACAGGCAAAGGUAGUGGUGACUAUUCAGACAAGGCAAAAAUCAGUGAUGAAAUAAAGAAAAAAGUUGAUGCUGAUAGUUUUCUUGAAAAAGAUGAAGGUGAUGAUAUAGAAGACGAUGAUUUAACUCUCCGCUGGGAUGAUGAUGAUGGCAGUCAACCUCUAGGUGAUGAUAAGGACAAUUCUGAGACAAAAAAUAGUGAAAACUUAUCAGAAGAGCAACUUUUAGAAGAAUCUUUGGACGCUAUUGUGAAAGAGAGUACAGCUAAAUUAUCAGAAGAUAAUUUUGAUGAUGAUUCUGUAAAUAAUGUUUUAAUACAAGCAAAAGAAAUUACUGAUAAAACAAUAAACAGUCCAAAACAGGAUAUUUCUAAAGACAAUAUUGAUGCUAAAAACAUUGAUAAUAUGCUAGAAGAGGAACUCUUAGAAGUAUCUGAUACGGAAACGGAAAUAAUUCCAGAAAAAGAUAUCAAUGAUUUGGAAAAUGAACUCUUGGAGGAAUUAGAUAAUGAUCCUUCGGAGUUUGUUAACAAAGCAAAAGACAAUAUUGAUGAUCAGAAAGAUAAACCUUCAGAAAUGAAUCCUAAAAACAAAGAUAAAGAUAUUUCGAAAAUUGAUAAGUUAGACACUGUAGAAGAUAAUAUACUCUUUUCAGACUCUGAAAGUAAAGAUACACCAUCCACAGAGUUUAAAAUAAAAUCAUUUACUGACACAAUAUUUAAUCAAGAUUCUGAAGAGUUAGAAGAUAAAUUCCAGGAUUCUGAAGAUCUAGAAGAUAAUAUUCUAGAAGAAGCCGAGGCUUUUAUACAAAGUUCUGGAAUUAUUGCUGACGAUACACAAUCUCAGGAUUUAGAAGACAGUGAAGAUGCUCUUCUAGAAGAUACUAUCUUGGAUGAAAUUAAGUCUGCUGAGAAAAUGCUGGCAGCUGACAUUGCUAUGGAUGUUGAUGAUGAAGGAGAAUUAUUGAAAGAUGAUGAAUCUAGAGAUGGUAUUGCUCAAAUGGAUAUUGAUAAUAAUCAGUCUAUUGAAAAAACUGAUCAAUCUGAUUUGACUAAGGAAAAAGAUACCUUAAAAGAUCAAAUUGAUGAUAAAGCUACAGCAGAAAUGAAUAUAGUUCAACCUAGCCAAGAGCCAGCUGAAAUUGAAUCUACUGAACGAAUUGUUUCAGGAGAGACUGUUACAGAUGACAUUGACGAACAAAGGAAAGCUGAUGAUAAAAAUCAAGUAACAGACAGUAGUUUAGCUAAAGAGUCUACUUCUGGACCUGUAGACAAAAAAUCGACUUCUGAUGAGACCAUACAAAAAGAAAAUAUAGAAAAAUCUUUGCCAGAAGAAGCAAUUCAACUUGAAAAUGAUAAAGAAAUCACAGAAACUAAAACCCUAGAUAAAACUUUAGAAAACGCAGAUACAUCAGCUUUCAAUACUUCAACAGUUUUCGAAGAUUCGCCCGUACCUAUAAAGACUAAACAUGGUUUACAUAAACCAGACGUUAUGCUAGAAAUACCGACUCAGGAAUUAAUAGAUAUAGACACAGAUUUGUCUUUGGAUCUAGACCAAAGUGAAGUACUUGAUACUUCACUUGAUGAUGUAGUAGAUGAAAAAGUUGAAAGUCUAGAAAAAAGUGCCGAAAUACCUACAAAUGAAGAUAGUCGAGUAACUGAGAUAGUAGAAGCUAAAGUCACAGUAAUGACUGAUAAACCAGUUGAUCAAAAUGCAACAGUAAGUGAAAAAUCCAAAACAACUGAUGCAAUUCUAAGUGAAGAAUGCACUGAGACUGAUAUUUCAAGUCAAGAGACUGUAAUCAUUGGAACAUUAGAACCAGAUGCAACAGUAAGUCAAGAUGCCAUUGUAAGUGACAAUAUAAUAAAUAGAGCUUUAGUGAGUGAAAAAGAAGUUCAGGAAAGUAUAGUUGAAGAAAAUAUUGCAUCUAAAGAUGUUUUAGCAUCUGAUACUACAGUAAAUAAAGAAUCUGUAGAGGUUGAAAACGCAGUAAGUCAAGAAAGUAAAAUUGAUGAAAAUUUUGCAUCUCAAGAUGCCAUACAGACUGACAAAGCAGUAACUGAAGGAACUAAAAUUAAAGAAAGUAUUGCACCUCAAGAUGUUGUUGCAUCUGAUACUACUAAAGAAACCCCAGUUACAGAGAAAAAUAAAGAAAUUAUAGUUGAAGAAAAUGUUGCACCUGAAGGUGCCACCGAUACUACAAUAACUAAAGAUAAACCAAUUACUAAAAAGAUUGCAAGUGAAGUUACAAUGGCUGAUAAACCAUUAGUUGAAGUUGAAAAAGGUAAAGAUAGUACAAAAGAUAAAGAUGUACCAGAGACAAUAGAACAGAGUAUGGAAAGAAUGUUUGCUGACGAUGAUCCAGCCAAAGACAUAGUUGAAGCACUAACCACAGAACAACCAGUUCAAUCGUCAACAUCAACCACCCUGACUCCAGACACAUCAGAACAGAUGCCUCAAGUAUCAGACAGCCUCGGCCUGAUUCCAGACACGUCGGAUGAGGUGCCGGAAGUAUCAGACAGUCUUGGUCUACUAGCUGAGUCUGCUGGAAGGAUGAUGGAAGAUGAUGAAGAGGCGGAAGACGAGGAUGAUGAUGAUGAUGAUUUUGAUCAGGAUGAAAGCAGCAACCAGAUUUCAGCAGAGCAAUCCGAAGACUCGAACCCUCCUAUCUUAGAGACGGAGGCAUCACAGCAGGGCGCCAAGGAGUUUGAUACUCCCGACCCUAAGGAUGAGGAGUUCCAGUUCCCAGUACAAACUGGGGAUAAGGAUAAUGAUAAGAUGGAUACGCAGUUUGGUGAUGUGGAGUUACCAGCUGAGUCUAUAAAUGAUGAAGAAACCAAAACUGCUGUAGAUGCCUUGCUGAGAGAUGGGUUACCAGCUGAGGAACAGACUCCAGAGGAAAAUGCAGACCAAAUGGAUAUAGAGACUGUGAAACUGUCAGACACUUCUGAUAACGAAGGCGAGGGUCAAACCGCACGUGGUCAGAUCGAAGCAGAAACUGACAAGGUUUCAGAAGAAAAACAAGCCACUCAGUCACCUUCUAAGCAAUCUCCGAGCAAGAUGAAGAAAUUGGAGAUCACCACUCAGGAACCGAGCUCCGUCGUCAACUAUGUGGACUUGGAAGAAAGCAGCGAAGAUGAAAUACAAGAAGUAGAAAAACAACCGGAACAGACCGCAACCAUAGACAAACCAACUACACCGGAAACGGACAGCGUUACCAACGUCAACAUACCGAGCGAGAUAGAGAUUAUGUGCACUUCCGGUAGCGGGAGUACGUCGGAAAUAGUUACGAAAGAGAAGGAGGUUGUUAUAAGCGGGGUGCCUAAACCUCCGCCGCAGAAAACGGCUAGACUGAAUACAAGCGAGGUUUCGAUAAAAACUGCAAGUAAUACUGAACCACUUGUCAUACCUGAAACUAAGAUAAUUGAUGCUAGUCAGACAACAAGUCAGGCACAACCCAAGGGUGGCCUAGAAAUAUUCAGUCUAGAUUCAGACGACGAAGAUAGUUCUGCUAAAGAAAAGCCUGAAACUCCUCAUAAAAUGACGGCUUUAGAGCUAGAAAAGGCUCGGGAGUCGAGUAAAUGUAUAAACUAUUGCUGCUUGAACGGCAGCGCCGUACCGUUCAUUCCGGCGGAGCCUGCCGUAGUGGCGUACUAUGAUGCCGGAAGGAAGAGACGGUCUAUGGUCUGUUUGCCGUGUGCUCAGGUCGUCGCUGAUAGGAAUAAGAAUCUAAUACGAGGUAUAAAAAAUUUGACUCCGCUUUUGGACUUAGAAAUGGCCAAGUUAUCUCAAGAUUUAGUAGAAAUAUCCGAUUCGGAGUCUGAGGACGAAGAUAUGACGCCGGACGAACCGAAGGAGAGCAUCGGAGAGGAGGGGGCUAAAUUCGUAGAAGACAACCUAGUGAAAUAUUUGAAUGAUACAUGGAAAAAAUACGAUAUGGACAACAGGUUGAAAGAAACGCAAAUUAUGCUCGACGAGGAGAUCGAGAAAAUGGAACGUGACAGUGUAGAAAUAGACGCGAUGUUGAACGAGUGUCAGGCAGCCACUGACAAGUUGCGCAACGAACUCUACGCGACAUUCGAGUGUCGGCGACACGAGUUGCCGCCCAUCAUACUGUAUGAUACUCCUGAUACGAAGUUUGUAGGCUUCGAAUCUGAUCCAUACGCAGACUCUACAGUGUCUUCUACUGAUACUGCUGAUAAUCGUCAAGCAAAACGUCGAUUAUCAUCAAGUAGCGAGGUUCCGGCUAAGCGGCCUGCCAUACCUCUUGGAUAUACACCUUUAGAUACACAACCGACUAAGGAUCCCAAAGCGGCCAUCCCGUUACCCGAUGUCAAAAUGGAUGACGAUAAAGACAUAUCCGUAGUGAAACUAUCAGCGGAAGCAGCCCCAGCAGAACUGCCCCCACCGGGGGAGAUCUCCCGGCCCCCGCUGCGGGUCAGCAUGGCGGUGUACGCCAUGAAGAACGCCUUCGGACCCUGGCUGAAGGGCAAGGUGCUGGAUAUACAGCCCAAGAAUCCGUCAGCGGGUGCUCCUUUCUCAGUGUGUCGGAUAAAGUUCGAUCACAAGCGUCAAGCCAACGGCAAAGUGUUGCCAGCUCGCUGCAUCGCGUAUUCGGAGCCCGCUGACGUCAGAAUGACUAUCGGUACUCGUCUUAUAGCGCUUUUUAAGGACAGCAGUAAGAGAGAAUCUUUUUAUUCAGGCGUUGUAGCUGAAAUACCUAACCCUGUUAAUAGUUAUAGAUACCUAGUAUUCUUCGACGACGGUUACGCUCAAUACGUUGAACACAAGCACACUCGCCUAGUCUGUGAGAGUUCACCCCUCGUCUGGGAGGAAGUCCAUCCAUUCUCCCGGGAAUUCGUCCGGGAAUACCUCAUGGCGUACCCUGAGAGGCCCAUGGUGAGGCUGCAUGAGGGACAGCAUCUGAAGACUGAGUGGAACGGAAAAUGGUGGUCAUCCCGCGUAACAAAAGUGGACGCGUCCCUCGCACAAGUCCUAUUCGUGGGCGACGGACGCAGAGAGUGGAUAUACCGCGGCUCCACCCGCCUGGCGCCGCUGUACCUAGAGCUCAGGGCGGCCGAGAGACAUCGCCCCAGGCCCAUGCCUCGGAACAGGGCUCAGCCUAGGUUGAAUAUGCCCUACGUGGAGUACACUCGGUCAGACGAACAGGACACAAACAAACAAACGGAAACACAGACGGAGGAGUUGGCCCAACAACAACAAAAUGAGGAGAUCCGUCGUCAACGCGCCGUGGCUAAAAAGUCGACGGCCGCGGUACAGCCGCCGCCCGUGCCUCAGGCACCGGGCCAUGUUGACACUGUCACCAGCAGAGUUGUGUAUUACACACCCAAGAACGCGGUGAAGCCGUACAAGAUGACUCCUCACAAGUGCGGUCCUAAGUGCAAGCGCAGCGACGUGCUCUCUCUCAAAGAGCUGCGCACUUAUAACCCACUCGCCAAGCCGCUGCUCAGCGGAUGGGAGAGACAAAUAGUCCGUUUCAAAGGGCACAAGGAAGUGAUGUACCGCGCCCCCUGCGGCCGGCGGCUUCGUAACGUGCGGGAGUUACACCGCUACCUGAGAGCCGUGGCCUGCGAUCUGCCAGUCGAUCUCUUCGACUUCCAUCCAGCUACGCACUGUUUAGCUGAGUUCGUGCUGAAUAAGUGUCGGGUUGGGAAGAAGGACUUAUCGCACGGCAAAGAGAACGUGCCGGUGCCGUGCGUGAACUACUACGACGACUCGCUGCCGGAGUUCUGCUCCUACAACACCGAGCGGACUCCCACCGCCGGGGUGCCGCUCAACUUGGACCCCGAGUUUCUCUGCGGCUGUGACUGUGUCGAUGAUUGUCAGGAUAAAUCGAAAUGCGCAUGUUGGAAGAUGACGCUAGAGGGCGCUCGCACCAUCGGGCUGGAAGGCCCCAACGUGGGCUACGUGUACAAGCGCCUGCCCGAGCCGCUGCCUUCCGGCAUCUAUGAGUGUAAUUCUAGGUGUAAAUGCAAGAACACUUGUCUAAAUCGCGUUGCCCAGCAUCCUCUGCAGUUGAAGUUACAAGUAUUCAAGACGUUAAACCGUGGUUGGGGCAUCAGAGCGUUGAACGACGUGCCAAAAGGUUCAUUCCUAUGUGUUUACGCGGGAAAUCUGCUCACUGAUGCUACUGCUAACUUGGACGGUUUAAACGAAGGCGACGAAUAUCUAGCGGAGUUAGACUACAUAGAGGUUGUGGAACAAAUGAAGGAGGGCUACGAGGAAGAUAUACCCGAGGCCGACAAGAAAUUAGAUAGGAAAGAAGGAAAAGACGGAGACAGCGAUGAGAAUGAGACCUCGUCUUCUGAUGAGGAGGAUAACGCGUCUAAGACUGACAAGGAAGAUGAUGACUUCAGGCCCGGCCAUAUUGGCCUAGGCCUCACUGAGUUCAACAAACGUCUCCGUAAACGCGAGAGGAACAAAAAAGAUAAAGAAAAGUCUGAAACGGACGAGAAGGAAAAGGAAAAAGAUAGCAAAGAUACAAAAGAUAGCAAAGAUAAAGAUACAAAGGAAUCGAAUGCGGACGAAGAUUGUAUCACUAUUAGUGAUGAUGAAGAAGUGAGAGAACCGUCUAGAUUCAAUGUGCAAGCAGGCAUGGGAGCUAGCGAGUUCAUUUCUAAAUACAAAUCGGUCCGCACUCUGUUCGGCAAGGACGAGGCGUGCUACAUCAUGGACGCUAAGGUUCAGGGCAACAUCGGCAGAUAUCUUAAUCACUCCUGCUGCCCAAAUGUGUUCGUACAAAACGUAUUUGUCGACACUCACGACCCACGGUUUCCUUGGGUGGCGUUCUUCGCUCUUUCUCAUAUAAAAGCCGGUACCGAAUUAACUUGGAACUACAAUUAUGACGUAGGUUCGGUUCCCGGGAAGGUACUUUACUGUCAUUGCGGAGCGCCUAAUUGUAGGGGACGACUUUUGUAAAAUAUAGGUUUUGUUUUGUAUUAAUAUUAAAAUUUGUCGUUUGUAUAACAGAAAAAAAUUGCUGUAAUUAAUUUUCAGUUUUUAAUAUAAUUGCUGAAUGCAGUCUAACAGCCAGUUUCUUCAUCAAAAGUUAAAGCCAAAGUAAA